AUGACGCUCCUGUUAAGGCUCAUCAUAGUGGAACCCGGACUACAGCCAAGGUUCUUGAAUGUGGGUCUUACUGGCCCACUCUUUUCCAUGUUGCAAACUUAUUGGUACGAUCAUGUGAUAAAUGCCAAUGACAAGGUACUAUUGGCAGGAGAUUACGUGUCAAAAUGGGUAGAAGCAAUGGCUUUACCCAACAAUGAAGCCAAGAGUGUAAUGGGGUUCCUGAAGAAAAACAGCUUUACUCAUUUUCGUACUCCAAGAGCAAUCAUCAGUGAUGGUGGUUCUCACUUUUGCAAUAGAGCCUUUGCGGGUCUGAUGGAAAAGGAGAUUAAGAGUAUUUUGGCCAAGACAGUCAAUGGUAAUAGGACAGACUGGUCCCGGAAGCUUGAUGAUGCUCUUUGGGCUUAUCGAACUGCAAACAAGACUCCUAUUGGGACUUCCCCCUUUAGGCUGGUUUUUUGCAAGGCAUGUCAUUUUCCAGUCGAACUUAAGCAUAAGGCCAUGUGGGCACUGAAAAAGCUGAAUAUAGAUUGGAAAGAAGCAACUAAACUUCGGUUGUUUCAACUCAAUGAGAUGGAUGAGGUCUGGUACCAGGCCUAUGAGAGUGCAGCUUUGUGUAAAGAAAGGAUGAAACACUAUCACGACCUGGAUAUCCUCAAGCGGGACUUUCAGAAGGGUGACUCUAUCCUACUGUAUAACUCGAGGCUGAAGUUCCUUCUGAGCAAGUUAAAAUCCAGAUGGUCCGGACCCUUCGAAUUGCCCUUUGCUAAUGAUGCUUCUCUUACAGGAAUGAGUUCAAAACGCGCAGUAAAGAGAGGUACUGGGCCAAGGGCCCGAGGUCGAGAAAGAGCGGAGGUUACCCAUGCAUUGCAUGACUCCCCCUCUGAAGAGGAGGAAUCGUCAGCAUCUGCUUCGGGAGAGGAGAAAAUCGAGGGUACUGAACAAGUGAGUGGCUCAACCGAGCCUUCCUCUGCCCCCGUAGUCCUUCAGCUCCAGGUGGUGAAAGUGAGGGCCGAAGGUUGGAAAUCAGAAGCAAGCAGCUACAUGAGGACAAUUUGCAGUUCCCACUCAAGGGAGCCAAAGAACUAUAUGAUCAGGGGAUAG